AUGGACAAAGCUAAUCGCCAUAUUACCAAGGCCCAUCAGCACCAGAGAGGUCAUGCUCAGUAUCCUACCAUUAUAGAUACUCUGGCCCAGGCAUUGCAGCCAAAUCGUUACUUUUUCAAAGUGCGGCUUCCAUCUCACCCUCUAGGGGACCAUGCUCCUACUAGGGCAGGCACCUCUAGUCCUUCACCAACCCCUGGCCCAUCUCAGCCACACUAUGCCCACCACGCUAGGGUGGUUGAGUCUAGUGACUCUGACAUUGAGAUGGUCUCUGCCAGGGAUGUCAAUACCUCUCUGAGAGCCCCUUCUGCCUUUGGACCCUCUGCCAGUCUUCCUACCAGGCCUGGUUCUUCGUCGCAGCCUGACUCUGGCAUCACCCCAGAUCUGGUGGAUUCCCUGCUCCGUCAGUACCAGGAAAUCCAGAAGCCCCAGCCAGAGCAAGCCAAGAUCUAUCUCUCUGGGUCUAGGGAUGAGCUCAAUGGAUUUCAGCUCCACACCAGGUAUCCAGAGUUCCUGCAGCAACGCUCCCUCCCAAAGCUAAGAAAUCUCUUCUCUCUAUCCCUAGAGCAUUCUGAUCGAAUCCAUGAUUUCCUGACUGCCUGCACCACCUAUAUAUUCGCCAAAGGCCAGAAGAUCAUCCCUCUCCUUUCUCGCCAUGUUCGAUGCCUUCUCAAUAGGUUUGACAUUGAGCAUGUGACUCUGCGCCCUUUCAAACCCCUCCAGGAGGCAGCCAGUGCCCAGAAAUAUGCCCGCGUGCUUCACAGCUUUCUCGUUUUUCUGUUGGAGAGCUAUCCCUACCAGGUCACUAGGGGGCCUAGGGAUAGGGACCUGAAUCGACUCUAUGCUAUAGAUCACAUGGUCAAGGCGGGGAUUCAGGAGCUCAAGGACCUGCUACUAUCCCCCACCCUAGCGGAAGAGGAUGAGGAGGCACCAAAGGCCUCAGGCCCCUUGCAGGCAGGCAGUGCCCGUGCCUAUAUUGGUGAUGACCUUGAUGGUGAGAAUGAUGAAGAGGAUGAGAUCGAUCUGGCCCUGGACCUAGGGGGAUGA